AUGGCCGCUCCUCACCCGCAGGACGCUAUACAAAGCCUAUCAUUAACCCAUCCCGAGCAAUUCUGGGCUCGCCACGCCGCCCAACUUCACUGGCACAAGCAGCCGUCUCGCAGUCUUCGGAGGGGGACUAAGGUCUUGUCCGACGGCACAAGACAUGAGAGCUGGUCCUGGUUCCCGGACGGCGAGAUCUCGACUACGUAUAACUGCGUAGACCGCCAUGUGCACGCGGGACGAGGAGAAGAGGUUGCCAUCGUCUGGGAGUCGCCGGUGACUGCGCGGGAAGAGAAGAUCACUUACCGCCGGUUGCUGCAAGAGGUGGAAUUGCUGGCCGGCGUCUUGAGGGAAGAAGGCGUUAAAAGGGGCGACGUGGUGGUGAUUUACAUGCCCAUGAUACCUGCUGCAUUGAUCGCGGCACUGGCAAUUACAAGAUUGGGCGCGAUUCAUGCUGCGGUGUUCGGCGGGUUUGCGGCCAAAUCGCUGGCCCAGAGGGUAGAGUCAUGUAGGCCACAAGCUAUCAUGACCGCCUCGUGUGGCAUUGAAGGGAAGAAAGGCGCCAUUGACUAUAGGACGUUGGUCGAGGAUGCUGUUUUCCAGAGCUCCUUUAAGCCUCCCAGGGUGAUUGUGUGGCAACGAGAGGAACUUCGUUGGUCACCGAUACGGGAGAACCUGGGCCAGCGGGACUGGCAGGGUCUUGUAGAGGAUGGGAGGAAGCGAGGGAUACGCGCUGAUGCGGUGCCAGUCAGAAGCGAUGAGGGAUUGUAUAUUAUAUAUACCAGCGGAACGACUGGCACGGCCAAGGGCGUUCUGAGAGAAGCCGGUGGCCACGCCGUUGGCCUUAAUCUCUCUAUCAAGUACGUGUUCGAUAUCAAGGGACCCGGCGAUGUUAUGUUCUGCGCCUCAGAUCUCGGCUGGGUCGUUGGCCAUUCGUUCAUUCUCUACGCACCGCUCCUAGCCGGAGCUACGACGGUUCUUUACGAAGGGAAACCGGUCGGCACGCCAGACGCAGGCAGCUUCUGGCGAAUUAUCGAGAAGCAUAAAGUGAACGCGCUGUUCACUGCGCCGACGGCGUUGAGGGUAGUACACAGGGAAGACCCGGAGGCAAAGUUCUUUCACCAAGUCGGGCAACGGGGAGGGUUGAAGCAGUUGAGGGCCAUCUUCUUGGCCGGCGAGAGGAGUGAACCCAGUAUUAUCGUCGAAUUCCAGAAGCUGCUCGACAGACAUGCCGCGCGCGAUGCGAUGGUUAUUGAUAACUGGUGGUCGUCCGAGUCUGGGUCGCCGAUGACAGGACUUGCGCUGAGGCCGGACAAGGGAGCUACAGACGGCAAGAUUGCGUUGACCAGGCCGUUGAGGGCGAAACCAGGUUCAGCGGGGAAGCCGAUGCCUGGGUUCGAUGUCCGCGUUGUCAACGACGAGGGCGAGGAGGUCGAACACGGCGUGAUGGGGAAUAUAGUGCUUGCCAUACCGUUUGCGCCGACGGGAUUCACGACACUGUUCAACGCCGAGGAGCGGUUCUAUAACGGCUAUCUGAAGCGGUUUUCUAGUCGAUGGAUCGAUACCGGCGACGCAGGCAUGAUCGACCAGGACGGCUACAUCCAUGUAAUGUCGAGAUCGGACGAUAUCAUCAACGUUGCUGCGCAUAGGUUUAGUACCGGGGCCAUCGAACAAGCCGUUCUCUCUCAUCCAGCCAUAGCUGAGACGAGCGUCGUCGGUGUGCCCGAUAGCAUCAAAGGCCAUAUGCCGUUUGCCUUCGUCCAGCUGCACUCCUCAGCCUCGGCGAGUUCCAGCCCGCUGCCGGCCACUCCAUCGCGAGAGUUCUUCUUGGAAGUUAACGAUCGAGUGAGAGAGCAGAUCGGGGCCAUCGCCUCGCUUGGGGGUAUCAUACAGGGCCGGGGCAUGAUCCCCAAAACACGCAGCGGGAAGACACUUCGGCGGGUAUUGAGGGAACUAGUGGAGAAGGCCGCGGAGGGCAAAUAUGAUGCGCCUGUCAGUGUUCCGCCAACGGUCGAAGAUCCGGAUGUCAUCGAGGUGGCCAGGCUGAGGGUGAGGGAGUACUUCGAGGCGAAGGCGAAUGGAGCAGGACGAGCAAAGUUGUAG